UCUCCACCAGCCAUUCUGCCAGGUCACCCCGUUCAGUUCUACAGCAUGAACAGACCUGCCUCCCGACACACCCCCCCAACAAUAGGGGGAUCCUUGCCCUACCGGCGCCCUCCCUCCAUCACCUCCCAGACCAGCCUUCAGAACCAGGUCAACGGGGGACCAUUUUACAACCAGAACCCAGCAUCCCUUGCUCCUCCUCCCCCCUCCAUCCUACAGGUAACUCCACAGUUACCGCUAAUGGGAUUUGUGGCCAGAGUUCAGGAAAACAUUUCAGAUACUCCUCCCCCCCCACCUCCUGUGGACGAGACAGUGUUUGAUGAGUCUCCACCUCCACCUCCACCUCCAGAGGACUACGAGGAAGAGGAAGCAGCUGUGGUGGAGUACAGUGACCCAUAUGCUGAGGAGGACCCUCCUUGGGCACCAAGGACUUACUUAGAAAAAGUGGUGGCAAUCUACGACUACACCAAGGACAAGGAAGAUGAGCUCUCCUUCCAGGAAGGUGCCAUCAUUUAUGUCAUCAAGAAGAAUGAUGACGGCUGGUAUGAGGGGGUGAUGAAUGGAGUGACAGGGCUCUUCCCAGGGAACUAUGUGGAGUCAAUCAUGCAUUACUCAGAGUGAAGACUAGAGGACAGAACACUGCAUCUCCUGCUGCAGGAGCUGUCAGGGCUUCCCAGGUCUCCACAAGCCUCUGGGGCCCCAUCCACUGUAACUGAAUGAAGGAUAAUUGUAACAACCACUCUUUUUGGGGUUUUUUUGUUGUUUGUUUUUUUUCCUCAUUAUCAAACAGUAGUGAUUUGAGUUGUUUGAACAAAUGGCCCUUUGGCUGCCAGCAGAGGCUGUCCUGAGCUGCCUGGCCGUGGAUUGAGCUGACCCAUCCCCAUGGAACAGACUUG